AUGUCCUCCACGACGAGAACUCAAACUGCUCGAUCGGAAAACCCUCACACCAAAAAGAAAAACCAGGAUCUGAAGGAGGCGACUUGCACAAAAGACGAAGACACCGCCAUAAAUAACGUGAAAACCUUGGAUAACGUGUGCACCUUCACCAAAUGCAAGAAUAAAACUACCCUAAUUGGAAUAGACUGUAAAUUUUGCAAAGGGAGGUUCUGCACCACCCACGGUUUACCGGAAAUCCACGGGUGCGGUGAGGCAGUGAGGAGGGAGGAGAAGAGGGAGUACCACCAUCCGGAACCGAAACUGUCCAAUGAGAAACACGAACAGGCCCAGACUAAGUUGAACAUGAAACUGAGACAGAUGCAGCAAGAGCGGAAGUCCAAGCAGGGGUUCCAGAGUAAAGGGAAGAAGAAAUAGGGGAUGCAAGGAUGUUUAUUGUUAAAAUGAGCUAGAGUGUAAUCUUGUUAACUUAAAUUAUGUAAUAUAAGAGAGUUUGGAUCUAAAAA